AUGGACGGAUUCUUCUGGCAAAUGCUGACGGGCGAGUACGCUCACUUGCUUGUCGUCGGCAACGUCGUGGGCAUAGCAACGUGGCUUCGACGGCUGUCCAACCGAAAAUGCUCACAAAUAACCACUUGGCAGGACGCUGGUCUAGUCUCUGCGCACGCCUUCCUCGUCGGCCGCCUGGUGCAGCUGGCAGUGGCCAACUUUGGCAGCGCUGCGUAUUUUCGACGCGCGUUCGUCGACAGCGGCGUGUUGUCUUCCGCGGACGCCAAGAGUCGAAUUGGGAACCGUUCAUGGAGCGAUUGGUGGAGUUUGUGGAACCCGCUGCCAUUUUCGUUACGGUUCCCAGGAUCGAUCAAAACCGUAGCCUAUGGCUGGGUCGGCGAGCGGCUGCCCCAUGCGCUGCAAAUGGACGUCUACCGCCACGAAAACUGCGGCGAGAUGCCUCCCGUGUUGUUGUUUAUCCAUGGCGGCGGAUGGCUCUUGGGCUCCAAGGCCACCAUUCCAUCCACGUUGUUGCACGCAGUUGGGCGAAAAGGCUGGCUGUUUUGCGCCAUAGAUUACCGCAAAGCUCCGUUUGUAGCUUUCCCGGACCACUUGAUCGAUUGCAAACGCGCCGUGGCCUACUUGAGAUCGUCCGCACGAUCCCUUCAAGCCGACACUUCGAAAAUCGUCGUCUGCGGCGAAUCGGCGGGCGGGCAUUUGGCAUCGCUGGUGGCUGUCACCGCGGACGACAAAACGUUUCAACCUGGGUUUGAAAACGCCGACUGCUCGGUAUUAGCGUGCGUAGAUGCGUACGGAACCCACGACCUCACAGACCGCUUCGGCCAUUAUGGGCGAAUAGAUGUUGCCAAGAAGAGCCGGUAUUACGUCGAAGCUGUGCUCAUGAACACCCGGCUGUGUGUGAACCGACCAGCUUUCGAACGCGCGUCGCCCUUGUACCAUGUGCUGCAGCACACACCGUCGAGUGUGGUGCCGCCUUUUCUGUGCGUCCACGGUAUAUUUGACUCUGUCAUCCCCAUCGAAGACACCUGCGAGUUCUUCCACGCGCUUCAACGCCACCGGCAGGUCACGGGGCGGGUAAACGCAGUGCCUGAUGUCUUUGUUCCUUUGCCUCAAGCCGACCACGCGUUCAACUGCAUUCGAUCCCCUCGAACGGUAGCGUACAACGACGCCGUGGGUGUAUUUCUCGAUCUGGUCUUGGCAGCGCACACGAAACAGCACGCGGUUCUUCUGACCACGUCCAAAUUGUAAUGCAACAACCAAUAUAAGUUGCUUACUACUGUAA